AUGGACAAUCUUUCAGAUGCUAACAAGAGCUCGGCAGCAACCAUAAAUGAGUGUCAAUCUUCUCAUACUCUGGAUAAGGAGGACCAUGAGAAGGCCACCCAUUUGCGGAGGUUGAAGCCUGACAAGAACGUCUCAGCUAGCAGGCCGUGGAAGUCUCCAUUUAUGCAUAAAAAGAGGAUGCGGGAGUGGGAGAUUCAGUCCUCCUCGUCGAAUGGAAGGUCUAAUAAUACACUAGGAUCUAUCUGCAAACUAGAUGGAGCAGUCAACUCCAGCAAGCUGAGUCACCAAAGGAAUAAAACUUCAAGCCUCAGAAAGUCGAAGGCGAAAGCAUCUGGAGCACUGACCGGAGGAGUUGAAGAUGUGGAAGCAGGCCAUCAAACUCCAAGGUUGUGUUCAAGAAAAUGGAUUAAGGAGGCUGCUCCAAACCAAUCGAAAAACAAUCGUAGGACAGUUAUCUCAUGGUUAAUAGAUAACAAGGCAGUGUCUUCCAUGGCUAGAGUGCACUAUCAGAGUAAACAUGACAGUUGUCCUAUAGCGCAGGGCUGGAUAAGUGCCGAAGGAAUCAUAUGUGAUUGUUGCAGCAAGAUGUUUAGCUUAAGAAGCUUUUCUGUUCAUGCUGCUAAGACCGAAGAAAGAGCAGCUUCAAGCAUCAUCCUCGAAGACGGGAGGUCGCUAUUAAACUGCCAAAUGAAGAUAUUACAUGACAAAAAUUAUAUCAACUUCGAUCAUGGUGGGAGAGAAAAUAAUUGGCAAAAAGGCGAAAAUGAUUCCAUUUGUAGCGUUUGUCACUAUGGGGGCGAACUGAUUUUGUGUGAUCAAUGCCCAUCCUCGUUUCAUCAGAGUUGCAUUGGUUUGCUGGAAGUUCCAGAUGGUAAUUGGUUCUGCCCAUCCUGUUGUUGUCGACUCUGCAACCAAAGCAAGUCCAGGGAUGAAAUUGGGAAUUGCCUGAAUGACAUCUUAACAUGCGAUCAAUGCGAGAAUGAAUAUCAUCUAAGCUGUAUUAGGGAAAGAGGAAAAUAUGAAUUCAGCAAUUUUCACAGUAAGAGUAGGUAUUGCGGCGAACAGUGUGAAGAGGUAUCUAUUGGGCUUUACAAGCUCAUAGGAAAGCCAGUCCAAUUGGACAGAGAUAACCUGACGUGGACAUUAUUAAAGUCCAUGAAAUUCAAUCCUAGUGAUCCCAAAGCUCAUGAUAUUGAAGCUAUAACACAAAUCGAGUACAAGCUAGAUGUUGUUGUUGGCAUGAUGCAUGAAUGUUUCGAACUUGUUAGAGAGCCCUCUACCCAGAGAGAUCUCGUUGAAGAUGUCAUUUUCAGCUUCUCCGUCUUUUUUUUCCUCCUUAAAUUGAGUUUUCAUAGUUAUUCUAAGCAAGUCCAACAUUAUCCUUGGCAAUAUAGGUCAGAGCUUAGUCGUCUGAACUUCCGAGGAUUCUAUACAGUUAUUUUGGAAAGAAAUGAUGAUUUGAUUACGGUGGCUACUAUAAGGAUCUUCGGAGACAAAGUGGUAGAAGUACCUCUAGUUGGUACGAGGUCUCAGUAUCGCCGACUUGGAAUGUGUCGCCUUUUGAUGAAUGAGUUAGAAAAUAAGCUAAAGGAAUUGGGAGUUUACAAGCUGGUCUUGCCCGCUACUCCGAGCGUACUGGAUACGUGGACUACUUCAUUUGGGUUCACGAAAAUGAUUGACUCUGAGAGAUUACAGUUUCUGGGCCACACUUUCCUAAACUUCCAGGAUACUGUUAUGUGCCAUAAACGGUUAUUGGAGAUACCUCAACGGGAACUGAACUCGAACAUACCAACAGGCAAAGCACAUGAAGUUUGUGAUGGUGAUGCCAAUAAGAGCGGAGGAGAUAGCAAUGAUUUAGGAGGAUCCGUCGCCGUCUCUGAGGUGUUGCAGGCAGAACCAAUCGAAGAGAUAGAUUGGAGCGGACCAAGGCCCCAUCAUUGAUGGACUUUUCCUGACCACAUCUUCAUCACAAGGGAAGGCAGAGAGGAAUAUGGGGGCCUGACAGGACAUGGAAUUAGCAUGGACCAAGGUGCUGUGCGGGUUCCGCAUGCGGGGAUUUGUUUGUAGCUUAGCUAGUUGUUUGUUAAAACGAAAAGGAAUUAAGAAGAUAUGUUAGUUUGUA